AUGCUGCGCUCCUGCUUAUGGGAUCACGCGACGCUUCCAUACAAACCGUCAUCACCGUGCGUACUCUUCUACCUCGUGCCUGGCGAUCCAGUAUGGCGUGUGAGCGUGCCGAAUGCGCGCGGCGAGUACCCAGACCUCGUGCCAGGGCUACCUUACCAAGAGUGGCAUGCUAUGGAACCGCACUACCUGCAGGAGUACGCGCCACCAGCGCUGAGCAUCCACGAGUCGACUGAGGUCGCGUGGGAGGAGCUGCCGACACCGCCCUUUGACGAAUUCAGACGCUUUUUGGCACCAUCGUAG